AUGGCUCCGCGCCUCGCAUUCCUCCUCCUGCUGCUGGUGGCCGCCUGCGUCAGCAAGUCGUCGGCUCUCAACGCCGUGGGCUCCGAGGUCCCGGUGGGCCUCGCGGACUUCAUUGCCGCCCGGGGGGAUGGCACGUGCGACGGUCUCCUCGGCCAGUGCAGCGACGAGGACGAGGAGAUGGAGACGGAGACCGGGAUCAGCCGGCGUGGCCUGGCGAGAGCCGGCGUCAGGUUUAUCAGCUACGGCGCGCUCUCCAAGAACCGAGUCCCAUGCAGCCGCCGAGGCCGGUCCUACUACAACUGCUCCAGGGGGAACCGCGCCAACCCAUACCGCCGUGGCUGCAGCGUCAUCACCCAGUGCCAGAGGAUCUUCAACUGA